UUAACACCGACGAAACUAAAGUAUUCAUGCACUCUUAAGCAUUGUAGUAGUAUCACAAAUUGUUGUGAAUAAACGUUUUCAAUAAAACCAAGUUAGCAUUCGUUUAUGAGUUUACAGCUUGUAUUCAUUCCACCCUUUGCUAUUUAUAUGUCGUCCACUACAGCUGAUCGAAGGAAACCCAUAUAGACUAAACACGCAAACAUUGCGGGCUAGCUAGUCGCGGUGAUUUAUCGUCUGUGCAAAAUGUACAGUCAACGCAGGAAUGGGAAAAUGAUCGAUAAUUAAUAAGAAGUGGAUGGAAACAUCCGAUCGAAAAAAAAUUUUCAUCUUUCUAUGAUGUCAAGAAAUAUUAUCAUGCUUCCGAUAUGUUAUAUUCCAAGGCGAUAUCUCGUGAUUCUUCAAUUUCACGUCUUUUUAAUCUUAUUACUUUUUCCAGCUAAAGAAUGUACUAUGCCGGAAGCAAGUCAGGAAGGAUUACUACAUUCGUUCAAAAGUUAUUCGGAUAUAGCCAUGUUUCAUUAUACGGUUCCAAAAGAGGUGCUUAGAGCUACUUGGCAGUUUGCGGCAUUUAUGGAUGGGCAAGAUUGCCCAGAGAGAAAAGUACAUAUAUACCUGCAAUGGGGCAGUUACCCUGUGAUAUCUAUAAAUAAUGAUACAUUUCCUAAUGAUAUGUAUCAUGAGCGUAAUCAUACCAUUAGAGUUUCUGCAAUUACAACAUUUGAGCCAAAAACCACUGCGAUUGUACCAGUUUAUGGACCAGAAGCUGGAGAUUGGUUUAUUGGAGCAUAUUUGUCCCACUGGGAUGAAAAGGUUCAACAGCAGGGACUUGGCCAUAAAUGCCACUAUAGUAUAGGUUCUGUAGCUGUAUGGACACAAAUCAAUAGUAUUGAAAAUAUUCCUAUUGGUUACCAACAAACAUUAAGAACAAAAGAAUCUAUUUCUUACUACAAGAUAUAUGUCCCGUCAGGAACAUGGAAUUUUCGUGUAGAUAUUUGGGGUUGCAAUUUUACUGUGCAUAAAUCUCGUAAUGUACAUGAACUUUGUAUUAAAAAUAUGGCACUAAAAGGGCGUUCUUUGCCCGUUUUCAAUCACUCUCAAUCGUUUGAAACUGGAAACUUAACUAUGCUGGGUUCAUAUACCUUUACAGAAUCUUCCCCUUACGAAGAUAGUUAUUAUUAUUUAAUGAUUAUUUCGGAUAGUAUUAUUGAAGUAAACGUGAAGGUAGUCGCUUCAGAAUGUCCGAUUAGAAUAACAGAAAAAUCUUUUGUAAGACAAUAUUUGGACGCACCUUUAUUUUCUAAAGCAUUAGCUAAAUUGCGCAUGAAAGAUUUAACAAAACUUCAUUCACAUCAUGGUGAAGAUAAAUAUAAUGAAUCAUUUUAUAAUGGAGAUAUUAUGAAAAAUCAAUUUCGUAUAUCGGAUGAAUAUUUUGAUGAUCUAUGUUUCCCAAGAUAUCAGCUUACUAGAAUCAAGCACUCGCAAAUAUUUUCAGGGGUCUAUUUACUACAGGUUGAUUUUCAGAGUAGAGAAUGGUUAACUUCUUGGGUAAUGUUGACUGAUGUGCAUCCAGUAAUAACGCAGUUUGAUAUUUUGCCGUUAAUUGAUAUUGGUGGUACGCUUGAUAUAAGUGCUCAUUUGGAAAUGGAUAAAAUAGCAACAAAGCAAUUAGUUAAAGUUACACUUUGCGUUCAGCGUGGGCGAAUUCCAGAUAGAAUUAAAAAUAAUAUUAUAUGUGAAAAUUCCGAAAUGUCAAUGAUCUUGUCUUCGUUUGAUAGACAUGAUGGAACACUAUUGAUUCCAUAUCCACAACCAGACACUUGGUAUGUUAGUUUAGAUACAACGUGCUAUUUUAAUGGAAAACCUGUAAAUUGUGAAAUGGAAGUAACGUUAGUAUCAUUGGAUAUACAAACUAGGCAAUGUGUAUUUGCUGGUAAUUAUCCAUGUGGUCAUCACGGAAUUUGUCAAGAAGUUCAUCGUGAUAUUCUUUAUUACACAACAUGCAAAUGUUUUGAAGGAUACAAAGGAUGGGGCUGCACUGAUGCUACUAGCGCCAAUCCAGAAUCUUCUCUUCUUAUAACAACAUUGAUACUAACUUUGAGUAAUGGUUUCUUCAUACCUGCUAUAUAUUUAGCUGUUAAGCGCGGAUUAUAUACUGAGGGAUUAGUCUAUUUGGCAACUAUGCUUUUUUCAUCUCUGUACCAUGCUUGUGAUCAACAUGUUAUGACUUAUUGCGUUGCUAAAUAUGAAGUUUUGCAAUACAGUGACUUUUUUUCAAGUAUAUUAGCAUUUUGGGUAACACUUAUUGCAAUGGCUGAAAUACCGAUUCGUUUUGUAUCAUUAUGUCAUAUGUUUGGAGUUCUUAUUAUAGCUUUUGGUGUUGAAUCCAAUAAAACAAGUUUAACUAGCAUAUUAGUACCAUUAGGAAUGGGCAUUAUGAUCCCAAUGGGGACAUAUGCUUAUCGUUGUUUUCACUUGGGAAGGCUGAAGAAGCCUGAGAGGAUCUCAAAGUUAUUAGCAGGAUUAACACUAGCUAUUGUAGGUUUAUUGCUCUUUUCUUUAGUCGAGACAGAAGCCAAUUAUCAGUAUGUUCAUAGUGCAUGGCAUAUGAUAAUAGCGAUCUCAUUGAUAUUUCUUUUACCACCAUCGCGGUUAGAACAAAUUGGUUCUUCGGGUACCAGCUCGUUUAGCGACGAUAGUGAAUUACUUGAUUAUAAGGACACACCAGGUAGUCCAAUUUUUACGGUAAGGAGUGGUCAGUAAAAUCUGGUAAUUGCAUCAAAUUGAAACUGCAGUAAAAAUAGGUAGGGUAAAAACAAACCAAAUACGUACUAUUAUUUAAGUUAUCUGUGCCAAAAGAGUGUUCUAAUUCUCUAAGCAAAAAGUAGAUUAUAGCAUUAUGAUAAUCAAAAUUUAAAAAAUGAAUGCACAUGUUCUAGUAUCGUGUAUAUGUACAUAAAAUAUUUAUGUAUAAAUUUUAUAAUAGUUCCUAAGUAAAGAUGCAUAAUUGAUCAUAGGGUAAUCUAUGCCAAAGUUUCCAAUUUAACACAGCUCAAUGUAAUAUACAACUAGUUUCAGCCGUAAAAGCUGAACGAACUUAUAAAUGGUGCUAUUCUAUUAUUACGCUAUGUUAUUUUUAGAAUAUAACCAACGACACUAAUAUUUAACGAAAUAUUUUUUAUAUUUUUAUCGUUGGAAGUUGUAUCGUAUCGUGUUAAAGAAGUCACAAAGAAAAGUUAACAUCUAUUUUUUCUAGGAAGUUACGUAAAUCUAAUAAUAUGUACCAGUAAAAUAUUGAUGACGAUUUAUUGAGUUUAUUACACCAGUAAUAAUUAUAUUUCUUCAUGAUCUUCUCUAUAGCCAUAGGUAUGAUUUUUAGAGGAAACUUGUUAUAAAAUUUAUUAUAUACAUAAAUACACGAUUAUACAUGUAUUCUUAUAUUCGUUGAUAGUACUUAAUAUGCUAUUUUGUUCCAUUUACUAAAAUAAUUUAUUUCUCUCAGAAGCAUUCUUAUAUGUAUGUAAUUUAUGUAUUUUAUGUGCCUAAUAGUACAGAAAAAUAUUAAUUGCAUAGAUUACCCUAUACAUAUUGCCACUGGCAAAUUACAUCCAAAAAUACUCAUUAUAUUUUAUUUCUUAUCGUUUAAAUAUGUUUUGUUAUGUAUAAAAAAAUAUAAUAUAUAUCGCGUGCAUAUUCUGUGUAAUUACUAUAACUUUGGGAAACAUGAAAAUGUAAUGCAGUACAUAUGUAUCUUAAGAACGUAGAAGAACAUGUUAUGUGUCUAAUAUCGUUACAUCUAUUUUUCACAUUUAGUGUUUACACUUGUGUAAGGGACCACAGAAUAUGAUAAAAGGUACUAAUAGCAUAUUAGGAAAUGAAAGUAUGAAUGUUGUGCCUAAAUACGGGUAAAUUAUUCGGGAAUAGUAUUCAAAUUUCAAAAAUUAAAUAAUUGAGUAAUUACAGGAGUUUUAUCGCUUUUGAUAUUAAAAUUUAUGUGUAAAAACUGUAACAGUAUUCAAUUUGAUUUAUGUUCUAAAUAAACAUUUUUUAGAAAUUUUCAAAUGGAAAGGUAGAAUAUAGUAAGUAAGAAAUUGGGAAUUGUUUUAGGCAUUACAUGAACGUCAUAUAAUAUUAAAAAUUCCCAAAGUUAAUUAGUUUUAAUACAGAAGAUACACUCAUGCUCUCUAUAAGUAAAUUAAAAGUUUAUAUAUAUAUAUAUAUAUAUAUAUUUCAAUAUUGUAAUUUCAUUGUUUUUUUGUGAUAUUCAUUCAUUUUAUGUGAUAUUAAUUGCAAUAUGUUAUUCAAAAGAUUUUUAUAAUAAUGAUUUAAUAGAAUAUAAUUUAUUAUCAUUUUCAAUUAUGACUACAACCUGUAUGAAUUCAAUUUGAUAUGGUAAAUUACUAAAGCAUAAUAUUUACUUUAGUUUACUGUUCAAAUACCUCACAAUGUGUAAAGUGCCAUCUGAGAUUUCUCUUUCAUCCUAUGCCAAUUAUAUUACAAAUCUUAUUUUUACACUAUUACAAAAAGGCAGGGUGAUUGAUAAGAAGGAAUUCAUAUAAUGCAAAUCUUUGAAAGAUCUAUGUAUGCUAUAUUACUUAAGAUUUUAAACAACUAACGUAGACACGUAGAAUGAACUUUUAUCCUGAAAAGUAUCAACAAUGUGAAUUGUGUUAUAAGUCUGUCACAAAUUCAGAGUGAACAUAAAUAAUAUAAUAUUUCGUAUCGAAUAAAAUAUAAGAAGGUA